AAUGACUCGUGUACACAGUGAACCCAACAGUCAGUGUGCAGAGGAAGAACACUCGGAACAGAGCAAAACAAAUCCCACUUUGGAGUCCAUGGAGUGAAGUGACGUGGCUCACUCACUUUGACCACUAGACCGAGAAACUGCAGAAGAAGUGCGAAAUGAUCUAAGAUGUCAGACAACGAAGGUCCUACAGAGCCCGAGGUGGCGGCGUCUGCAUUGGCAGAGGAGGUGGCAGAGUUGGUGAUGGAGGAGGUAGCACCACCCACCGCCCCCGAUAGCCGCACAGAAGAAGCUCCCAUAGGGGAGGUGGAGGAGGAGGGGGAGGCAGCCCCCAAUGAGGUCUCCACCGAUGUGGCUCCCACCCGGAAGACACGCAAGCGGCCAGAACACAAGGCACCUCCCCCAGCUGAAGAGGACCCCAGCCCUCCGCAGACAGCAGAGACCAAACCAGAGCCACAGAAGGCUAAUGAGUCGGCGGUGCAGCCGGGUGGAUGGGGAUACUGGGGCAGCUGGGGCAAGUCACUGUUGUCAACAGCAACCGCCACCGUGGCAACUGUAGGUCAGGGCAUAUCGACGGUGAUUGAGAAGGCUGAGACCACACUCGGGAUCCCUACCCCAGACGAGCUCUCAGCACAGGCCGCUCAGGAGGAGAACACAGACGCAGGGGGCACUGCAGGCGCUGGUGCCGAGGGUGAGGCCCAGCAUGAUGUGGCGAAGGGCGGGGCUUUUGGAAUGCUGUCAUCACUCUCCAACGUGGUGCAGAACACAGGCAAAACAGUCAUCACCGGUGGUCUGGAUGCGUUGGAGUUCAUCGGUAAGAAGACUAUGGACGUGAUUGCUGAGGGAGACCCGGGGUUCAAGAAAACCAAAGGCCUUAUGAUCAGAACCACCACCCUCUCACAGGUGCUGAGGGAGGCUAAAGAGCGCGAGGAGCAGCAGACGAAUGAGGAUCUGUCGUCCGACGUGGAGAGGAAGGCCCACUACGGCAUGCUCUUCGACGAGUUCCAGGGACUCGCCCACCUGGAGGCGCUAGAGAGCCUCUCUAGAGAGAGUGACAUCAAGGUGAAGUCGGUGCUGACGAGCAUGUCUGGGCCGGAGCUGGCCCUGCUGAAGGCCGAUCUGGAGGAGCUGUCCGAGCCCUUCUCCCUCAUGGAGUUUGAGGACGACGACGAUGACACUAAAGAGGACAGUGAUGGUGUGGAGUUUACGAAGGAGUUGACCGAGGCCGUGAGUCGGUUACACUUAUCGGUCACCGCUGCCAAGCUCAGUCAGGCUAGAAAAAAUAUCCACGACCGCAUCGCUGAGGUCAAGUUGGCCACUGCGGCGCCCACUAAGGAGGAAGCAAAGGAGAUGAAGGAAGAGGAGGUGGAGGAGGAGAAGAAAGAGGAAGAGAAAAAAGAAGAAGAGGAGGAGGAGGAGAAGAAGGAGGAGGCAGAGGAGGUGGCUGCACCAAAACACACCCCUGAGGACGUGCACACGUUAUCCAUCCGCAGCCUGGCGGAGCUGACCGCUAAGGCCAUCGAGCACUUCCACAAGGUGGCCCAGGUGGUGCUGCACAACGCCAGUGACACGGCACCGGUCUCCACCGCCGACCAGGCCAAAGUCCUCGCCCAGAUCACGGUGAUGUUGUGCAAAGAGAUUUCCCUCCUCUCCAAGAGCUUUACAUCCUGCCUUGCCACAGUUGGGGCAAAUGAAAAGGGGGAGGUGCUUAACCCACUCAUCACAGGGGUGUUCCUAGAGGCCUCCAACAGCGCCACGUACAUCCAGGAUGCCUUCCAGCUCCUGAGGUCCGUGCUGCAGCUCGCCCACAUCCAGAGAUCGGCCGACAUCCUUCCGUAAACGCCUGCCAGCCCGCUGCCCACCGCUGUGCCCACUGCGCCAUUCUGCCCACUGCUAUAGAUACAAACACUAGUAGUCGUGUUCAGGCUUGUGGCGUGGCCCUAAACCUGGACGCAGCUGUCUUGGCCCAGAUAGUAUCCUAUGUCACCCUAUUUUCAUUGAGUUUGUUUUACCGCCACCUACAGGAUACUGUGCAUAUCACCUUAUCAUCGAUUGGUUGGCAGCGUUAUACUAGCUAAACAUGGGGGUUGUCUGACUUCCGCCAUUCGUUCCAAUACAAAGGAGUAGUCAAUGCGGUAUCUAGUGAGUGUUCAUAUCUAUGGUCCACCGCUACUCGCAGGCCAUAUCAACGGGCACCAUCUAGGGUGACUGCAGUGCCAUCUGCAUUAUAGUAUGUCCCCAGCAGCUUUCACACCGUGCCCUGGCACUGUGUUGGGCCACCACCGCCAUGGCUAGUCGCUCCUUAGGCAUGGCACUUCUGAUGCCUUUUACUCCUCUGGAGUACAAUGUUUCAGGACACCAAACUGCAUUGUAUUAUAAUUAUUGCUAUUAUUAUUGCUGUUAUUAUUAUAUUAUUGUUCUUAUUGUCAUAUAUUGGGGAAGGACUUGUAAGCAAUAAAAUACCAUGAAAAUGGUUCAAAGCUGUUCUGAAUGGGCAUUCACAUUCAGAGUCACUAUUAUAACCAAAAUCAACUCUAAUCCAGUGUUAUUACCAGACAUGAAGUCCGUUUCACCGUAAACACCAGCGCUUAAUUCAGCUCUGAGAAUAUUAGCCGCGAGUUUGGACAGUCUUGCAACAUGGCUAACAGUGUUGUACUUUCCCAUUAAUGUUCACAAUUUCAACCAUGACUUGCUUGUAUUUGAAAUACUGUUUAUUAUUAUUUGAAAAUACGUAAUGGGUAGAUUUUAUGUCAUACAGCGCGAUUAUGGCAAAGGGGAAGAUGCAUACACUUGUUUCUUUUUUAACGCUUUUGUGACAUUUAGAUUUUGUCUAUAGAUGCACAAGUCCCAAACAACAAAAACCUGUGACCAUUCUAACAAAUUUCCUUGUUUGAGGUUGACAUUAUAAAAAGGGAAAUUAAGAACAUGUCAUUUGCUGUUGAGCUAAUUCAAACCAAUUAAAACCAUGCCAAUUAUAUAAUUUCAUCAAAUAAGAGUUUUUAGAUGAAGUGCUGAAACAUUUUAGCAAAGGCGAGUAAUCCUAGUAUUGUUCUUUAGUCAACUUUACAUGCCCCAUGUGUUGUUCUCAAUUUUGACACACACAGAAUUAGUCAUUUGUUUUUAUUUUGUAAAAAUCUGGAAAGAUACUGUAAUAAAAACCAUUGAAGUUGCCCUGUAAUAUUUGCAUACAUGUAAUAUUUUUGAAUAAACAUGCUUUUAUAACUA